AUGUUGCCUGUCACCUCGCCCCUUCUGCGUCGACAGCAGGCCACAUCCCACGUUCACCGGCUCAGCCGAGGGCGACAACGGCCUGCCAAAUGGAGAGCGCCAAAGGCUGUUUGCCCUGAUGAUUCAGUCAGCGGCGCCAGCGCCAUUCUGCACGCACUUCAGGCCGCAGGCGUCACUCAUCUCUUCGUCAAUCUCGGCUCGGACCACCCGGCUUUCCUAACGGCGUUUGCCACGAAGGCGUAUCCCCGGGUCAAGGUCGUCACUUCGCCGAAUGAGAUGAAUGCGCUUUCGGCAGCCUCGGGCUAUGCAAUGAUCACUGGGAGGCCAGCAGCUGUACUCGUCCACGUCGAAUGCGGCACACAGGCUUUGGCGGGCGCAGUGCACAAUAUCAGUAAGGGCCGCUUGCCAGUGGUGAUAGUUGCCGGUACCGUGCCUAUUACGAUGGAAGGGGAGCUACCGGGGAGUCGUAACGAGUGCGUGGAUAUCCCAGACCAGCGCUCUAUCGUUCGUCAAUACAUGAAGUAUGAUCAUGAGAUCCGAUCACCACACAAUGCUGUACAGAUUGUGCUCCGGGCUCUUCAGAUUGCGACAAGUACGCCACAGGGGCCAACAUAUCUCAUCGCAUCGCGAGAGACACUCGAAGCCCAAACAUCAAUUCGUAGCAUCAAGCCUUCGCAAGAUCCAAAGAAGAACCUCUCGGUGGAGAAAGUUGGCCUCCACAUGCAAGACGUCGCGCGCUUGGGCGACAUUCUUAUCAGGGCCGACUUCCCCCUGAUCGUGACAAGUUACGCGGGCCGGGAUCCUGCCGCCUUCAAAGCACUUCACGAUUUGGCCCGGCGCCUCGCUAUCCCCGUGCACGAGAAUGCGCCGGUGGUGAACAAUUUCCCGACGACCAGUUUCCUCCACCAAGGCCAUGCAUGGAACGGCGGCGGGCAGCUCAAGGCCUUGGCCGAAGCAGACGUGGUCCUCGUCGUCGACUCGGAUGUCCCAUGGAUUCCAUCCGAGUCGAGGCCGAGCGAUGCGGCCCGCAUCUUCCACCUCGACUGCGAUCCUCUGAAAAGCAGCGCCACACUCUGGAGUCUUCCGGCCGAGAAGCGUUGGAUGUGUGAUACGUCGGUGGCUUUGAAACAGCUAGAUGAGUACGUCGAGAUGAGCCGGGAACUCUUUGCUGAAGCUACAAAGAGUAGGAUCGACGUCAGGAUAUCUUUGCUGGCACAGCGCUUCGAGGCACGAACGCGGCGACUCGAAGCAGAAGAAGUGGCAUUUCCAGAUGGAAAGGUCACGGUGCCGUACUUUAUGAGCCGCUUCCGCAAGGCGACAAAAGGUCUUGACGUAUUAGCACUCAACGAGAGCACGACCAAUCUUGGCAAGGUCGCUGACCACCUACGGCACGACCAACACAACUCGCUGGUGGGCAGUGGUGGCGGCUCGCUCGGGUGGUAUUCUGGGGCUGCUGUCGGCGUGGCCAUGGCGUUGAGAGAAGAGGCGGCUGUGGGUGAUGCGGCCGACCGUCUUGUCACGGCGUUUGUGGGAGACGGAACGUUCCUAUUUGGGGUACCUGCCAGUGCCUACUGGAUGGCCAUGCGGUAUGCGACGCCGUACCUGACCGUCAUCUGGAACAAUGGCGGCUGGACGAGCCCGAAGAAUGCCUGCUUGAGGAUUCAUCCUGAGAUGAAAGAGUUUGUGCCACGGAGCGAUGGCGAAGGGCGGCAUGGUGACAGCAGGGCAACAGCUUUGGCCGAGGCGAUGGGCGUCAGCAUUUCGCCGUCACCUUCGUUUGGAAAGAUUGCUGAGGGUGCCGGUGAUGCUUGGUGGACAGUCGUGAAGAGAGCAGACGAGGUCGAUGGAGCCAUCGCGGAGGGCGUUCGGGUGGUGAGGGAGCUCAAGCGAUGUGCAGUGAUUGAGGUGGCCAUUGCCAGUGUGUGA